CGCGAGGCGCCGCCGCCCCGCGGCGGCGGCGCGCCGCACGCGGGGCAGAGGCGGGGCGGCGGCGCGGCGCAGGGCGGCCCGUCGGAGGACAUCCAGGAGAAGCUCAACCGAUUGAAGUCAAUGGUCGCGCAGAAGACGUCCUCUGGCGACUCCUGGAAAGAGGCCGGCGGCUCGUCGUACGGCUACUACGGCGGCGCCUCCGGCGCUUCGCAGGACGCGCAAGUGGCGCCCGCGCCGAAGCGAAGACCCUGGACAUCAACAGGGCAUGGCGGCGACCAGGCGUCGUCAUGGCGGCGCUGAUCGAUCAGGUUGCACCGAACAGUGCCCGGCGCGCCCGGCCCAGCGCCCGGCGUGGCCCCUGCGGCCGGUCUGCCUGCCCACUGCCCGCGCGGGCGGGCGGGUGGUGCGGCUGGGCCACUGCCAGCCACAGCGCCGAGCUCGAGG